AUGUCCAGACCUCCGCUGUCAGGAAGAUAUGUUGAUGAUCAAGACACGCUGGUUCCAGUUGGUUGGAGGGACUCGUUUCUCAUAGAACGGGGUAAAACCCGUGUAACCCAUGGCUUGCCCGGGGUGACGUGGAAUUCAGUUGACCCUGAUGCCAUUUCUCAUCUGACUGACACAGCGAGUAAACAAGAUUUGAUACAGUUCGAGUGCCAAAAUCCGAGGUUUCAAGGUGACUGCGUCAUGGGACAAAAAUGGAAAUGCUCUUUUGAUGGAUCUCGGUGGCGUCGACAAAAGUGUCGGUCCGCAAGAACAGGAUUUUGGAAUGACACGACGUGUGUUUGCGAUGUUGGCGAACUGAAAAGGGAUCUGAAACGAAUGAUUCGAUCAACGAACGAGGACUUCCCGGAAGUGGACGCGUCGGACGUCGAAGGGAUCGUGUGGGACUCAAUUGCAGAAACAUCGACGACGACGAGUCCAUUGUUCCCAGGACUGGAAGACAAGUGGUGUCGAUUCGAGAUGGGUCAGGUCAAGUGCUCUGGCGUAGACGGCGGAAGUGAUGACGAGGAUGAUGAUGACGGCGACGACGGGGAUGACGGAGUCGUGGUUCCUUCAGAAUCGUCUUCUUCUUGGCGACGGGAAAAAGAAUCCGUGGACACCAAAAUUCGAGAGUUGAAACGGCAAUUGGAGCAGCUGAGGGAAAUUAGGAAAAAGUUGAAGGAGAGCCGGAAGAAUUUCACCCCGCCUUCGAUUGAAGAGGAAGAAGAAGAAAAUUCUGUUCAUGGAACAGAGAUCUCAACGUCAACGAAAGCUCCUGAAAAGUGCGAAUGCGAAAAAAAAUCUCAGAAACAGCUGAAUAAAGAACGGAAGAAGGAAGUGGAAGCAGCUGAAACGAGAGCCAGACACAGAAUGAAGCAGUGGAAGAAAGACAGGAAGAGGAAGAAGCAGAGGAAGAAGACUGAAAACUGCAAUCUUGAGAAGGUGAAUUGUUUCUCUCAUGACAACGACCACUGGCAAACCCCUCCGCUGUGGACUGAUGGUCCCAUGUGCGCUUGCAUAAACUCCAACAAUAAUACCUACUGGUGUCUCAGAACAAUCAAUGCCACGCACAACCUGCUGUAUUGUCAAGUCAUCACCGGGCUCAUCAUGUUUUUCGAUCUCUCCAUAGAUCCGUUCCAGUUGCGCAAUAUUGCUCAUUCGUUGACCGACACGGAGGCGGACUUUUUCGACUCGCAGUUGACCAUCCUGCGUCGCUGUUCCGGCGCCAAGGAUUGCACGGUGCGUUCGAGUUGGGAACACCGACCCAAGGCCCUCGCCGCCAAGAAGCAGGGGGCCGACGCCUACGAAAACGGCGGCACUGGCGACGAAGCUGAGGAGCCCGGGAGCAACGAGGAAUCGGAGCAGCUGCUGCCCAGCGACGGCGGCGACAACUGGUGGCCACGAAAACGGGCCAGAGGGUGAAGAGGAAAGUGAAAACUCGUUCAAUUGUAAACGCCUUAGUGUUCCCAACUACACUUGAGAUGACUCAUGAUUCGUCGCAUAGGUGUCGCCUGCAUGUUUGAAAUUUGUGUCCGAUUACGGUAGUUUUAGUUGGGUUGUGUUAGUUAGGGUUUGAACAACUUGGUCCAGCUUCAGCCACCAAAAGGAUUUUUCCUAUUCAAAUUUCGCUGAUCUUCCAUUAAUGCCGAAUUUCCUUACAUCCGCGAUUUUCUUUCAUUACAUGGGUAUUACGUUCAUUUUAUGGAUUUUAAUCAUGAUCGAAGUUGAUCCUGAUGGGUUUUGUUAUGUUCAUUUGACACUAAAACUGUGUCGCCUGAGUUUUGUGAUGAUUAAGUUGUGUUUGAUGAGGCCUUCAUCUUGGAUCAAGUUAAGAAUUUAUCUAUCUGACAUUCCAAGAAGUAAGACAAACAAAUUUCCUUCCACUUUUCGUUUUCUUCCGUAUGCCCGAAAUUUGUGCCAAUUUCGUCUCAAGUGUGUGUCGCGCCAAAGCAUUCCUCGUUUUGUGAUUUUUUUAGGAAAGAAGCGAAUGACAGUGAGAUAUUUAAUUGUUUUUUUCCCCUCGUUACAAUAGUUUCUUGGCCAUGACGAGGUGUCGCCUGUAAGAACUUGAAUAAAGUGAUGAUUCAUAAGUCCCGCAUGGUUUGAGGCGACGAAUAAUAAACAAUCCAGGUUUUGUUGCUCUUGGUAAUUCAUGCUAAUUUUUUGUUGUGAUGAUGAUGAAAAGUUUAGAAGUUAGAUCAUGCUUGAGGCUAAGUUUGGAAGUUGAUGUGUGAAAAACUAAUUAUGAAGUUUCUCUUUUUUAUUUAACGGUGGAAACGAUAGUGAGAAAAUUUUUGUGCAGAAGUCUUUUUUUUCUUCCCAGUGUGCCAAAAUUUUGAAAGGAAACGCAGUAUUAGAAGAUGGUGACAUCUUAAAAUUUCGCUGUUCAGAUUUUUUUCUUGAUGUGAUACGAACAUGUGUGUGUUUUUUUUUUUGCAUAGCGAUUGGAAGAAAUGAAAAUGGCGAGACUGUUGUUUAGAAAAAGG